CUCUCAUUGGGCACUGGUGUUCAUUUUUACACUUUUUUCACUUUACUUGAUAAAUCAUCAAUCUAGAGAUGUUAUACAUUGGACUUUGUUUGCUUCUCUUUCCAGUCAGCCUGACUGCAAUGAACCUAAAUAACACAACUGUGUUUGCUAAAUUGGGAGAAUCGAUUCACAUGCCUUGCAUUUACUACAGCCAAAUGGCCAUGCACUUCUCCUGGUACAAGCAUGAACUUGGGCAGAAUCCCAGGCUUGUUGCUACUAUUUACAAGUACGAUCAAAAAGCCACUUUUUAUCAUGAUUUUAAGGAUACUUCACGCUUUUCUGUGCUGAAUGAUAAAGGUGUGAAUCAGUUGGUGAUAAGAAACCUUCAGUUCUCAGACUCAGCGACAUACUACUGUGGAAGUGCAUAUUCCAACGUAUUGGAAUUUAUCCGGGGGACAGAGUUGAUGGUUCAAGGUUUACAAAACGCUUUACAUCCAGUUCAGCCGGGAGAGUCAGUGAAUGUGCAGUGUACUGUUCUCAAUCAGACCUGUGUGGGAAACCACAGUGUCUACUGGCUAAUACACACAUCUCAACCAUCUAAUCCAAGAAUCAUUAAAGUUUACGGGAUGAGUAACACUUGGUGUGAGUGGAGCUCUGAUGCUGGUCAUAGAGAACGUAAAUGUGUCUACAGGGUCUCUAAAAAAGCCCUCACCAUUUCACUAGCUGGGACUCACUGUGCUGUUGUUGCAUGUGGCGAGAUGUUAUUUGGUAAUGGAGCCAGACUGCACAUAACAGUUUCAGGUGAUGAUUCCACAGAACCGAUUUUUACAAUUGUUCUUCUUUCCAUUGGAAGAACAUUACUUUUUUUAAUCACUAUUGCCACAAUUACAUUUUGGUACUGCAUACGUUCCAGAAGAAUAGCAUGAACUGAUUUUUCCCCACCUGGCAAGACGUUUUUGAAAGUGAACUGUUAGAUCAGAAACUACUCAGGGCUUAUGUCUUUAAAAUAAAAUAUCAUAGGACGAGAGUCCAUUUACAUUGAGUAUUCUUUACAUAUUAUUAAAGAAACUUUAUGUUCAAGCCCUGUUUGAAACUCCCCCCAUGUCAAUUUAAAUCGGGGCUCUUAUAUAAUGGAAAUAUAACAACUUUGAAAUUGACUGUGAAAAGAACUGCAAAAUUGGUGAAUUUCUUACUUACAGUAUGUCUUGUUUUCCAGUACAAAUAUCUAAACAUUCUUAAAUCAAUAUACAGUGAUCUAAGACAUGUAGUCAUGUUUUAUGAAAGAAAAUAUAAGAAUUGGUUAAGUUUAUGUUUAAAACAAGCAAUUAUAUAUACUCCCUGUUUAGUUCAGUUCAUUGCUGGUUAUUGUUUGUGUUACCCCUUGUGUGUGGCUGCUCCUCUAUCGUUUCCUUGUAUACAUUAAAUAAAUGUUUAUUGUGGCUCUUUGUAUUGCAGAAGUACAGCCGUGACAGUAACAUUUACCCAUGUCAAUGACAAAUAAUAUAAAACAAGAAAUGCAUCAGUAGAUACAGUAUACAAGACAAGAAGUACAAGAAAUUACCAGCCAGUAAAUGUUUAUUAAAGUGAUACUUCACCCAAAAAUGAAAAUUCUGUCAUCAUUAACUCACCUUCGAGUUGUUCCAAAUCCUCAUUGUUACAUUUUCAAAUGGUUCAAAAUGCCGCAGCCAGAUUUUUAACAAGUGUUCGUAAUCGAGAACACAUUACUCCGAUUUUAAUGUCUCUAAACUGGUUGCCAGUGCAAUAUAGAGUUGAAUUUAAAACUUUGCUGCUUGUUUUUAAGUCUAUAAGAGGUCUGUCACCCUCCUAUUUGUCUGAUCUUCUAAAUGUGAACAGGGUGGCUAGAUGUCUGCGAUCCUCAGUAUUACUUUGUCAUAUCCAAGAUCAAGAUUGAAGUGUGUUUGCGGUGGCCGGUCCCAGGUUAUGGAACAAUCUUCCUUUAUCUGUGAGAUCAGCAUCUUCUGUAUAUGAUUUUAAAUCUAAGUUACAGUCUCAUCUACUUAUCCAUGCAUUUAAUUCAUUAUAA